GCGCUUUACGGCGCUCCUGCCGUGUUGCGCGGCGCUUCUGGCCCUGGAGGCGGUGUUGGCUGGGCCGCAGCGGUCUACUCAGACGUGCUGUGGCGGUGGGCUCGCGCUGGGAUGAGUGCGCGGUGCCGGGCCACGGAGCGGAGUCAUGGCCAGUACAGUGGUAGCGGUUGGACUGACCAUUGCUGCUGCAGGAUUUGCAGGCCGUUAUGUUUUACAAGCCAUGAAGCAUGUGGAACCUCAAGUAAAACAAGUUUUUCAAAGCCUACCAAAAUCUGCCUUCAGUGGUGGGUACUAUAGAGGUGGGUUUGAACCCAAAAUGACAAAACGGGAGGCAGCAUUAAUACUAGGUGUAAGCCCUACUGCCAAUAAAGGAAAGAUCAGGGAUGCUCAUCGACGGAUCAUGCUCUUAAACCACCCAGACAAGGGAUGCUUAGGUCCAGUCCAUACAGAUACAUUCUACCAGCAUCUUCUUGAUGCUCUUUUAUGGGCUUAGGACUAUACUGCUCCAUCAGGUUAGUAAAACAGCA